GAAAACAGAGAACAGAAAAAUGCAAAACUUUUCUGUGCUGCGUCAAUGUCCAGUAAAUCACAGUUGGAACAGUAACAUUUCUGUGGCUCAAAAGACAACAUUCUGUGAUCACAAGACUGCCCCAUGUUCUUUAGCAAUAAUAAAUCCACUCUCAGCUGAGGGAACUUCAGAGCGAUUUCAGCCUGGUAUAGACCAACAGUGGAUUCAGAGUAAAAGAGAAGACAUUGUGAACCAAAUAACUGAAGCCUGCCUUAACCAGUUGCUAGAUGCCCUUCUGUCCAGGGAUUUGAUCAUGAAGGGGGACUAUGAGCUCAUUAGUACCAAACCUACAAGGACCUCAAAACUCAGACAGCUGGAUACCAGUGACAUCCACGGAGAAGAAUUUGCCAAAGUUAUAGUACAAAAGUUGAAGGAUAACAAGCAAAUGGGUCUUCAGCCUUACCCAGAAAUACUUUUGGCUUCUCAAUCAUCAUCUUUAAAUUUAUUUCAAAAUAAAAGCUUAUAA